AGCCAUUGUGUGGUUGUGCCAGCAAGGGAAGGCUAAACAAGUCUAUAACAUUGUUGAUGAUGGUAAUACAAAGCAAGGAGACAUCAAUAAUAUUGUUUCAGAUAUAUUUAACAUCAAUCAUGACUACUGGGGCAACACUCUUUCAACCAUUGCAAAGACAGAUGCAGUAGGGCUUGUCAGUGAAAUAAAUGAGAAGCACCUGGUUCCGUGGGCUGCCAUUUGUUCAGCUGGUGGUUUAGACAACACUCCCCUCACCCCUUACAUUGACCAGAACUCAGUUCAUCCUAACCACCUGCACCUCGAUGGUUCAAAGCUACGUAAGGAGGGAUUCACAUUUUCCGUGCCAAAGCCUAGUCAAGACAAUCUUAUGGAGGUUUUGAAAGAUUUCAUCGGAAUGAAGAUGUUCCCAGCCAAUGCUCUUCCAAGUCAGUAAUAAAGUGCAAGACUACCUUUCAUAAAGAAUAUAUCAGGUGCAAAGGAAGCUGAGAGGUUGCAUUGCAUAUAAGAAGGAAGACCUGUGAAGAAAAAUUAAGCAGAAAAAUCAUUGGCCUCUUCAACCAGCAAGGCACAAGAAAAAAUUCUUGUACAUGUUAUUGUUGUUAUGAUAUCCCCCCCUCUUGGUCUGUGCUUAGAAUUAAACAUUAGCAAACAUAAUUUGUAGAACCUCCAUGAGCUCUCAUGAUUUCAAAAAGUCUUUCAAACAAAGAAAAAAGAAGGAAAAAAGACCAUGGUUAUUAGUCAGGGGCCUUUUAAGACAUACAAUGUCAGUGAUACAGUUUAUUAGUUUAAAGGUUUUAUACAAGCUAACAACUAAUCAAAUGAGAAGACAAAUAAAACAUUGAUUAGUAAGCAUAAGGCAAUUAGUGUGCUUGUAGCAUAAAAGUUUUUCCAUUUCUUUUUUCCCUUUCUCAUUUUUUCCUCUUUAAAAGUUCACAGUGGGAGAACUGAAGUACAAUUUUCAUUAUUCUCUGGAGUGAAUAAUUUUCAUUUUGCUGCUGUAAUGAAAAGGCUUUGGAUGCAGACACUGUGAAAAGAUAUUAAGCUAAGUACAGCAUUCAAAUUGUGAUUUUGACAGGUACAGCAAAUUGAUGUCAAAGCAAACUCACUCUGGCUUACCUCUAUACUGAGUGUCACUCCUCUCUUCUGUUCUCAUUUUUUUUCUCUCUUCACUCCCUUUUUAUGUUCUCUCCUCUCCCUUUCUUCCCUUCUUGCUUUCUCAUUCUCUUUAACAUUCUCAUGAAGCAAUUUUGGUUUGAUUUAAGUGUUCCAAAGAUGGUAAAUCCAGUGACAAAAAAAAAGAAAGAUAUUUAUCAUCUGUGGUGCUUGGUUGGCUUUCAUUGUGCCAAUAGCAUUCGUAGUCUUUUUCAUAAGAGAAAAGAAGGAAAUUUUGUUUUCAGAUACCUUUUUUUGUCUCUGAAAUGCUACCAGAAGGCACAAGCAGGUUAUUCAACUUGUUUAUCAGCAUGGAGAAAUAAAUGUGACUAUUGAUUUUUCCAGGAAAGAAUCUGGGAACACUAACAAGUCGCAUAUAAGGUCUGUUAUUAUCAGUCUCUGAGGGUAAUGCGGCCAUUGCUCAAAGGUCACAAGGUAUUCAGUGCUAUGCCAUGCAGGGCCACAUUUUUUCUAUGACAUUCUCAUAAUACCAUUGCAUGUUUUGCAUAUGGAUAUUUUUUUAUGUUAACAUUCAUCGUUUCUUUUUUAUGUUCAUUUGGUUUCGUGAAUGUUUUGUAUAGUGCAAUAUGGUCAUUCAGUGCUCAUUAAGCUCAUUAAAUUCAAUGACCCAGAAAGAUGUUUGCUGAUGAAAAUGAGAAGACUUUUCAUUGUCAAUUAUUGUUAAAAUAAUCCAAAUGUUAUAUCCUGUUGGAUGCUUUAGAAAAAAUGUUCGAAUUGAAUGUGUUAUGUAUGUUUACUGAAGUCUGAAGCAGAGAGUCAACUAAGAAAAGACAUUCCAUUUAAUGUGAAACAUGCAUGUAUAUUGAAAAGAAACACUUUUGGUGUUACAAUACUAAGAGGAAUUCAACUUUGCAUGUGUUUCCAAGUUCACAGAACAAAUAUUUUUUGAGUUCACUGUGAGUUGAAACAGGCACAUCAGUUGCCAGAGUAUAAGGAAAGUUACUAUAGCCAUUAAUCCUAGAAGUAAAAACAUAAUCAAAAAGAGAAGUAAUUAGUUUUUUUAAUCAAACACUCUAAUAUAUUGCAGGUAAGCAUAGAUGGUGAAUAGAAUAAUGGCUAAUGGCCAAUUAGGAAUUUUUAUUUUGGUGUGCUUUAAAUUUUCUUCUUAAACAGGCUUACAGUAGUCCUGUGUGAAUAUUUUAGUCUUUCAAGAAAUUGAGGUUCUUGUAUUAUUCAUAUUUCCAUUCAUUUAAGACAGUCUGUUAAGUCUUUGCAUUACCAUCUCAAGUGUUUUUUGUUUUUAUUAAUAUGGAAUUGGUGCUGACAGGUUUCAUUAAUCACUUGCAGUUGAGACUACCACAUUUAAUUCAAGCUUAUUUAAACUGUAAUUUUUAGAAACAUGUAAUAAGUGGUUAUUCUAAUUUUAUAAUCAAGGACAAAAAAGACAAGACUGGCUAAUUAUUUGUGAAAUUGGUUGACUUUCUGUGAAGACUACAUGCUUUUGCUCAUUUCCAUUUGAGCACAUACUAUUGUAAUAAUUAGUAGAAGUAAUGUUAUCAUUCCUCCUUGUGGUUAAGUGUAGCUAGGUGUUUCAAGCAAUUCUAUAAACAUGACAUACUUGUUUAAAAUCUUCAUUCCUUUAAUGUGUGUUUAAUUGCAUCUUAGCUCUGUUAACUGGUAUGAGUGUCAAAACCCAAGAUAAAUUGUGUUAAGUGAAUUGAAGAGAAAUUAACCACCGUGUUUUCAAAGGGUUCGUGUUAGUAUUUAUUAGUGAAAUUUUUUCCUCUGGAUUGGAAUGUUACAGGUAUAGUACAUUUUCAUUGGAGCUGAAUUAAUUCAUGUCAUGUAUGUAGUUUAAGAAAACUAGUUUAAACUAAUGCUACAAAAGUAUGAGUAAUUCAUAACCAUGAAAUGGUAUUUCAUUAAGAAUGAGUCAAGUAUUCCUGUGCUUAAAGUUCCCAGGAUUUUAAUACUCUUGUUCCUCAAUCGUUGGAUUCUUUGGACUCCUUCAAAGAUUUCUUCUCGUACUUACUAUAUAUAAAAUGAUGGAACAUUACAGUCACCAUUUAUGUUUUUUGAAAUGUGAGUAAUUAAUAAUUUAGGAAUUUCACUAUUUCCCACAGCUAGUUAAGUGCUUUUUUUUAUAUAUAUAUAUAUUUUUGUCUUUGGGUGUUUACUUUCACUGUUUCCAUAUACCCUGCAAUUUCCAAAUGAUCUACAAGUAAUUUUUAGUGGUAUUGAUGUUGAAAAUUUCUACUAAAAAAUUCUUAUUUUGCUAAGCAUUAGUCAGGUUCCUUACGAAAUUAGAGUAAUGUAGAGAAUCAGUAUGCAACCAGGUAAUGUUAUGUAACCAGACUGCCAUACCCAAAGUAGAGGUUUCCUAUGCUUAAGAGUAAAAAUCAAGGGAAUACUAGCAAAAGGUAUCAUAUAAUAUAAGUAAACCAAUAAUUAUGUACACUUUGGACAGUUUUGGAGCUAGGAUCUCAAAAUAGAAUAAAUAUUCUUUUCAGUCUUUCAAUAAAAUAAAUUGUAAGUUAAACCCCCUCCCCCCAUCCACUUUUCCAAGUCCUAUGCUAACUUGCCUUGUUAAAUUAUCUCCAAUUACCCUUUUAAAAGAUUGUUGAGCAAUUCUAUACUAGUCUCUUAGGCAAAAUAUGUGUUGUGUUGAUACAUUCCAUUAUGUAUAUAUUUACUUGAUGACUGUGCUGAUACUAAGAUGGAUAUUCCAUUGUGUGAUAACAUGUGCCAUAGACAAUGAUAUAACAUCUUGUGACGUGAUAAUGUUCUGUGCCUUUGUGCUCUUGUAGAUGUUGAAAUGCUGUGCUGUUUUGCAUUAGUAGAGGUUAUAUGAUAAACUCUACUAAAUUAACCAAUGCUGUUGUUAAUUAAAGAAGAAAAAAAGAUAACUGGCAGAUAUACUGACUCUGUGCUUUGAGAGCUUUUUCUACUAUCUGAUAGGUAUUUAUAUAUAAUGAGUAAUACCCAGUAGUUAACAAUGUAGUUUUCACAGCAAAUAUUGGAGGUAUUUGCUAUUUCAGUUUACAAAGUAAAUAAACUGAGAGAAAGUAGACAAUUUGAGUUAUUUUCUUUGUAGAUUUAAUCCUUACAGUUUCACAGAAUAAAGAGAUUUUGAAAUUUCAUUGUACUUCUAACACUGGAAAAAGUAUCCAGAAGAAUGUAAACAAUGACUAAACAAAUUUCAUGAAUAAACAAUACCAAGAA